ACUCUUAUUUCAGUUAUUUUGUGCCAUUUGAAGAUGUAAGGCUCAGAAGCUCUCCUCCUUGCCUUCUCUGCUCUCUAAGCUGAAGUCUCAGGAGAAUGGUUGUAGUGAAAGGGGAGAAUGUAAUAAAGAGGAGGUUAAAAACCAAACUAAGGUAGAGCUGCCUGGAGUAGGAGUGUGUGACCUCUUUAAGUACGGUGCUAAAUUGUGCUACUUGAUAGCAUCAGCAGGAUUUGAAAGUUGCAUUGAGUAAAAAUGGCUUCGUUUCCCCCUCAAACAGUGCAACUAAUUCAGAGGAAGGAAGUCAUUGAAACGCAGUCAGUUAUGCAGCAGGCGAAGAGGAAAGACAGCAAAGCAGCUCUUAGCAGCCCUCAAAUGCAGUUGGAGUCUUUCAACCUCACACCACUGAGAAGAGAUCAAGAGCAAGGCCUGAGCAGCAGUGGAUGUUGCCUCCUGGCUGCGGGCAAGCAGGCCUGGAAAGAUACCUCAGUUAAACUGGAGGCCUGGGGCCUCAGUCUGGGAGCCCAGAAGGUAAAAGCAGGGGUGAUGUGCAGGGGCAGCAAAAGCCAGUGUGCUCCACAGCCCAAGCCAGGCGACUGCAAAGAGAAAGCGCCUUCUAAGGGCAAAGCAGGAGAGCAUUUCGCUCGGGUAGGAGCAGGACAUAGGCACAUGCGGAUGGCGAUGCUCGCCCCAGCGCUGCUGCUCAGGCUGAGUGUGGCAGCGCCUCCAGCUCCCCGCAGCCCCGCGGCCGCUCCGCCCGCCCCACAGCGCCGCCUGCCAGCCGCUGCCCGAACAGCAGCCUGCCUGCCUGCCUGCCUGCCUCCCGCUGCCCGCAAGCUGCGAGCUUUUACUGGAGGCGGCUUAAAACUUCACGGCCUCUGCUCUCCUCUCACUCGUUUGAACAAGAAGUGAGUGCA